CGGGCCGGUGCUUGUUCUCCGCACCGCCGGGACAGCGACGCCGAGGCUCCCGGCUUGCUGCCGCCCCGCCAUGGCUCCCGGCUCCGAGCGGCUCUUCGACUCCCUGGGACACUUCGGCAGAUUUCAAGCAUUUGUUUAUUUUGCAUCUGUCUUUCAAGCUAUGUCAUGUGGUAUCCAUUACUUAGCAUCUGUGUUCAUGGCUGUUACCCCUAACUUUGUAUGUGGGAUCCCUGGAAAUGUGAGUAGUGUUCUUUUAUACAACUCCUCUGAAUCAAGUUUAGAGGACAUCUGGACACUAUGGACAUCAACAGAAGAUUACAUUGUAGUCCAGCUGGAAAAUGGAGAAAUCUGGGAACUUAACCAAUGCAGCAGGUCCAAACGAGAAGUCAGUUUGGAUCUGGCAUAUGAAUACAAUGCCAACAAGUCCUUAUUUUCUUGUUCUGAUGGAUUUCUCUAUGAUGACACAAAGUGGAAAAGCACUGUUGUUACACAGUGGGAUCUGGUAUGUGACCGAGAGUGGCUUGCAAAAUUAAUCCAGCCUACAUUCAUGCUUGGAGUCUUGAUUGGAGCAGUGAUUUUUGGUGACAUUGCUGACAGACUGGGAAGACAACGUGUUAUAUGGUUCACAAGUGCUGGUCAGUUUGUAUUUGGCAUCGCAGUGGCCUUCACAUUUGACUACUACAGUUUCGUGAUUGUGCGCUUUCUCCUUGCUAUGGUUUCAAGUGGCUAUCUGGUUGUGGCUUUUGUUUAUGUGACUGAAUUUGUUGGCAUUAAAGCACGAACCUGGGCUUCUAUGCAUGUCCAUGCUUUUUUUGCUAUGGGAAUUAUGGUUGUGGCACUCGUGGGAUUUUUGGUUCGGACCUGGUGGGUCUAUCAGAUAUUUCUCACCAUAGCGACUCUUCCCUUUGUCUUGUGCUGCUGGGUGCUCCCAGAAACACCUUUUUGGCUUCUGUCAGAGGAAAGAUACGAAGAUGCACAAAAAGUAAUUAAUAUAAUGGCAAGAUGGAAUAAAGUGAGCACUCCCUGCAGAGUUUCUGAACUGCGCUCGGUCCAACAAGAUGAUCUAGUCAGUGGCAGAAUGGGUGACAAUGACGCAUCCUCAACAAAGAAGCACAACAUCUUAGACCUCUUUUGUAACUGGCACAUUGCAAGAAGGACCAUCACAGUCUGGCUGAUCUGGUUCACUGGGAGCUUGGGGUACUACGUCUUCUCCCUCAGUUCUGUCAGUCUAGGAGGCAAUGAAUAUUUAAACCUCUUUCUCAUAGGUGCUGUGGAGUUGCCUUGCUAUAUCAUUGCUUGCAUUGGGAUGGACAAACUGGGAAGGAGAAACACACUCAUUCCGUUCCUUAUUUUAAGUGCACUGAUCUGUGUUUUAAUUAUGUUCAUACCUCAGGAUUUCAAUAUAUCAAUUAUCUUAGCAAAUAUGGCUGGAAAAUUUUCAAUAGGUGUGGCAUUUGGCCUUAUAUAUCUCUACACAGCAGAACUGUACCCAACAAUUGUAAGAUCACUUGCUGUUGGAAGUGGAAGCAUGAUGUGCCGUGUAGGAAGUGUGGUUGCUCCUUUCUGUGUGUAUCUGAGAAGUGUUUGGAUUUUCAUGCCACUUUUGCUUGUUGGAAUCAUGGCUCUUCUGAGUGGAAUAUUAACACUAAUGCUUCCAGAAACACUGGGAAAACCAUUGACUAAUACUUUGGUGGAAGCUACAGAAAUGGGAAGAAACAAGAAAAGCUGUUCAGAAAAGACUCCUCCAGCACACAGUGGUGCAGCGUUAGAAAAGAUAGAGAUGUUUGGUCAAGAAACAGUCAGCACUGAGAAAUAAAGCAACAACAAAAUGCCUGUUCCCGAUUGUAAUUGUUAUCUAAUUUAUAAGAUCUUUUUAUUCAAGAAAUGUGACUGUUCUAUAAUAUCUGUGCCUUUUACUUCGUAUCCAGUCUUGCCUUUUCAAUAGAGAAAGUAUAUAUAACCUUUUCCACUUGACUGAGGUACUGCAGAAAAUUUGAUAGGAUUUCUAGAUCCCUUGUCAAACUUACCCAGAAUUUAGAAGACCUAUCCGACUUGCUGUGACCCGUUGGAACGAUUACUCUAAAUGUUGGAACCUACCUGAUAUGUAAAAAAUAUGCUAAUUCUUUUCUUCACAUUUUCUGCAGUUAGAUUUGUAAACCCACCACAAAGUGCCCUGUCUACUCUUGUCUUGUUGCUGCUGACAGUUACAAGCUUCAGACUGCAAAACACAGUAAACUCAGACAGCUGUAAUUCAAGAGGGAAGCCUUAACAUUGCUUCAAGUCAUAUCAAUAAUUUUAAACUAAUUUAUUCUUUUUUUUUUCAAGUUUUCUACUAGAAAAGAUGCUAUUGCUAACAGGAAGGUAUUCUGUGGAAUACCUUCCAACUGAAAAAAUAAUACUAAAUUUGUAAAAUGUGCAAAUAGUUUUGGAUAUUCAUUCUGUUGAAUGGCAAAUAUAUUUUUAUUAGUGGUUUAGAAAAAAAUGUUCACUGGAUCUUCUGCUGUCUCACUAACUUAAAUGCCUGAUGCCUUUGAAAGUUGUAUUCAUUCCAGACCGUUACUUCAUUGCUCCCCUUCUCACUUAUUUCAGCUCAGAUCUAGCAUCAGAUUCUUCAUAACUUUUAAGAGCUACACUAGCAAUUUUGCCAAAUGCCUCCAUCAAGACCACCUCAGUCCUCAGUGAAAAAGAAUAAAUGGUAUAUGGGUCUUA